AUGACUGGCACUCCCGUCGAUCUCUCCCACCACCUCUCCCAGGAGGCGCGUCUUCGGAAGCCCAAUUCCAUGAAGGAGAUCUGGCGACUGGCUCGUAGGAAGCCGAACAUGAUCUCUCUGGCAAACGGCGAUCCUCACUCGUCGCUCUACCCUAUCAAAAGCCUGACUUUCGAUGUCGCCUCCGUCACUGAGAAAGACCCGGUGGCGACCUGGCGCGCUGGAUCCUCUAGUGCGCCCUCGCAUUCGAUUACCUCCUCGCGCGACGAAGCACCAGUCUUGCCUGUGCGCACCGCAUUCCAGUACACGACGGGCGCGGGCCUCACAGAGACACAACAAGCGGUCACCGAGCUUACGCGUUUCUACCACAACCCUCCUGAUCACGUCGCGACACUGUCCCUCGGGAACGGCGACGGUGUCACGAAAUGCUUCCGGCUGCUGGGCUCGCCUGGUGAUCACUUCCUGGCCGAUGAAUUCACAUUCAGUGCGCUCGCGAACGCCGCUGUCCCUCAUGGAGUCAAGUGGGUAUCUGUCAAGAUUGACGAGGGCGGUCUGAUUCCGGAAGACCUUGAGAACGUCAUGGAGAACUGGUCGGAGGAGCGUGGGCCGAAGCCUCACGUGCUCUACACUGUACCAUGCGGACAAAACCCGACUGGCUCUACAUUAACUGUGGAGCGUCGGAAGAAGAUCUAUGAGCUUGCCCGCCGAUUCGACCUUCUCAUCAUCGAAGACGAUCCCUACUACUUCCUCCAAUACACCUCCAAGCCGUCCACGCCGGAGGCACAGCCCGCCCCGGCCGGAUCGGAUUCGCAGUCCGCCCUCUCGCCGCGCGGGCUAGCGCCGUCCUUCCUCUCGCUCGACACAGACGGGCGCGUGCUGCGCGUCGACUCCUUCAGCAAGGUGUUCGCGCCGGGCAUGCGGCUCGGGUUCAUCACGUCGUCGCCCUUCUUCCACGCGCACCUCGUCGCGCUCACAGACUCGUCGACGCAGCACCCGCACGCGUUCGGCCAGCUCUUCCUCACGGAGCUCCUCGGCCCGGCAGGCUGGACGCUCGCUGGCUUCGAUGCGUGGGUGCGCAGUUUGCGCGAUGAGUACCAGCGCCGGCGAGACUUCUUCCUCGGUCUUUUCGAGAAGGAGGUGGCGCCCCUCGGGCUGGUCGACGCGAGCGUGCCCGACGCGGGCAUGUUCGUGUGGACGAAGAUCAAUGUCGAGAGGCACCCGCGGUUCAGAAGGGAAGCGGGCAAGACGAAGGGCGCCACGACGAACUGCAGGCAGCUCAUGGAGGAGCUGUUCGAGACGUGCUUGGACAACGGGCUCGUCGUCAUGCCUGCGUGGGUGUUCGCGCUCCCGGCGGAUCCCAAGUACGAUGAGAACCCCAUCGCGGAUCGCAUGAACUACUUCCGCCUUACCUUCGCUGGGACGGAGGAAGCCAUGGAAGAGGGCCUGAAGAUCUUCGGCCAAUCGCUGAAGGAGUUCUAUGCUGACCAGCCCAAGUGCAUUGAAAACUAA